AUGCACUUCCAUGCUUAUUCUUCAUCUCCAAGCUCAUCGUCUAGCGAAGAUGACUAUGUUCAAAUGGAGACGUCGCCGACGAAGUUGUUAGCUAUUGCGAUCCAGAAGCGGCGUGCGUUGUUCGGUCAGAAAGAGCGUGACUAUCGACUCGAGCUGCUCCAGACAGGCUUCAUCCAGUCUUUGUGUAAGCAUUUGGGUGAGCGUAGAGCUCGUCGCCGCAAACGCGGCGGUAAGCGAAGCGUUAGGCAAAACAAGGGUGAUGCUGAGCCCUCCGGGGCUCCUAUUACUCGAGUUGAACCUAUCGUUCAGAAUCCUUUUGAUGGUGAACCCCCCAGCAAGCGGUGCUGCCGAAACGAGGACGAGGACCCCUUCGGCCUCGAUGACUUCUUUGUUCGUGUAUGUGGACGUUCGGUGAACGUUAGAGGUUAA